AUGAACACAACACCGAUGGGUCGGAUACUAAAUCGUUUCUCGCGAGACGUCGAUAUUUGUGAUACAAUGCUUGGUAUGAAUAUCCGGAUGACAAUGAUUCAAACAUUUCGGGCCAUCUCUGCAUUUGUCGUAAUGGCAAUCGAGACACCACUAGUUCUGGUGGCCAUAUUGCCCAUCGGACUCAUAUAUCUAUUUGUUCAGCGCCUAUACAUUCCCACAUCACGACAAUUGAGACGAAUUGAAUCGACCACUCGAUCGCCCAUUUAUAUACAUUUCUCCGAAACACUUACGGGUGCGACAAGUAUUAGGGCUUACGGUUCUGUCGAGCAGUUUAUUGACGAAUCAAAUAAAAGAGUAGAUUUAAAUAAUAUGAGCACUUUUGCCGCCACUCUAACGAGUUGUUGGCUUUCCAUACGUUUAGAGUUCUUAGGAUAUUGUAUAAUAUUUGUAAACGCUUUAUAUGCUGUCAUAUCCAGAGGUUCACUAACUCCAGGUGUGGCCGGACUUACACUC